AAAUCACACUGCCGCUCGCCGCCAAACGGCAGUGUUGGGUGUCAGUCUGCGCAGCGGCGCGUUGCGUUGCUUAGCUCGAGAGAGUGGUGAGUUAGCCUGAGAAACCCGCCGGGUGGUUCGCUAAUUGAAGUCCCGCAAGAUCGGGAGCUUCCGAGAGAGUGUCCGAGAGUGCAAAAGAAGAAAGACAGCGAAGGGAGAGAUAAGAAUCAUCACAAAUAAAUUGGACCAUUUUUCAUCCAUCAACAACUGGUCUGACGUUUCUCGCCCCCUGUGUAAAAAAUGGCCCCGUCGUGCUUUGAGGUGAUCCUCGUCGGCUUCAUCCUCGUGCUGCCGUUCCUCUACGAGACCAGCCGCACCUUCCGUUACUACUUCAAGUUCCUGGUCUAUUACGGCAUCGUAAUGGUGAACGCGGUGCUUCUGAUGCCCCUCAUCUCUCUGCGACCAGGCAACGUUAAGAAUUUCUUAUUGGCAUCAUCGGUGUGCCAUCAUAUUAGUACUCUGCUGGGAUUGCGCUGGGAGCUAAGGGGCAGAGAACACCUGGAGAAGGACAGGGCUUGCAUAAUAGUGGCGAAUCAUCAGAGUUCGCUGGAUAUAUUGGGGAUGUUCGAUCUGUGGCCGGUGAUGGACAAAUGCACCGUCGUCGCCAAAAAGGAGAUCUUCUACGCGUGGCCGGUUGGCCUCGCCGCAUGGUUGUGCGGUCUGAUCUUCAUCGACAGAAUGAAUUCCGAAAAAGCGCGAUCCGUACUUAACACCGCCACGAACGAGAUCCGGGACAAGAAGAUCAAACUGUGGAUAUUUCCCGAAGGCACCAGGCACAACACCGGUGAGAUACACCCUUUCAAGAAGGGUGCCUUCCAUGUCGCAAUCAAAUCCCAAUUGCCUAUACUACCGGUCGUAUUCUCCUCCUAUUAUUUUUUGUCGGCGGAAGAGAAGAGAUUUGAUUCAGGACACGUUCUCGUAACAACGUUGCCACCCAUUUCCACGGAGGGACUCAGUACGGACAAUGUAGAGGAAUUGUUGGAGAAAACACGAAGCGCUAUGAGCGAAGUAUUUCACGCGAUGAAUCGCGAGAUCCAGCUGUCCCUCGCUGCCGGUAAGUCGUAUGCUGAAUGAUCGCCAUCCGGUGGACCAUAACGAGCAACCUCAUCUUACAGGGGAAUAAGAGAGAAUAAGCAAAUACUCUUUUACAAGAGUAGCGAAUAAACCUCCGCGCGGGAACCAAAGACUAAGUAUCUGCUUAACGUUCUCUCAUGAUAUUAUUUUAAUUUAUAUUUUAACAUUUUUUCAAAGUGAAGGUAGCGUAGAUAGCGUUAAAUUUUAUACACAGUAUAUAUUGCAUAUUUUAUUCCUUAUUCUUCAUAAAUUUAUUAUUUAUUUUUAGCUGUGCGAAUCGCACAACAAUUUUAAAUAGCUCUUUCUGUAAUUCUUUCACUCGCAUAGUCAGUUACCAAAGCUUACUUAUUAUCAUUGAUGUACAAAUGUCAUUCGUGAUACGUGGAACUUUAUAGAUGAUUUUUUAUCAUAGAAUGAACAAAAGAUUAUUUUAAUUUAAAGAUAUUGCAUUUUUAAAUUAAGAUAAAAAAUACACAAGUGAAAUAAGUAUAAAAUCUAACAGAAAAGUUAUAUGCUGAAGAAUUAUAAACAUCACUUUUAAUUAAUUAGGUGUAAGUUUAAAAAACAACAUAUUGUAAACUAUACAGCACUCUUUACCAUAGACGAGAAUAGAAAGAAAAAGACAAAACAUUUGACAUGAUUUUUCGUAGAGUUAUGAGCUGUAAAUAUGAUUCAUUAGAAUCCAUUUUGUAAAUUGUGGGAACAUUGUUAGCAUUUAUACUUAACAGAUUUCACUAAAUUACAUUAGAUAUAUUUUGUUAUAUACAUAUAAGGUAUGCUUGUACAUUCCUAUUUGUCUGUUUUAUGCUUCCACUCAUUUCUAUAUGAGAUGACAUUUCUAUAUUUUACGUAUGAAUGAUAAUUGCAUAUAAUUGUAAUUACAGAAUUACAUUUUCAUUUUAAACAUCUAAAAAGACAAAACAAGUUCAAUUUUUAUUUUUUAGCCAAUUCUCUAAAUAUGCAUCUUUU